GGGAGUGUGGUCCGCGGUAGGAUGGAGGGAGGACAAGACAGACAGGGAGCGAAAAAGAGAGAAGGGGAGACGGUGAGGGUUCGUUAGGGUUGCCACGAGGAUUAGACAAUCGCGAGGUUGUACGAGGAGGACCGUUGCGAGGGCGGGCGCUGCUUCUGCCCCACCAGCAACACCUUCCAGGAUGGAAACACACUUGUGGAGUUUCUGCGGGACGUGCCCGGCCACUGCCACUCGUCGCAAACUCUCCCUGCACGCACUCGCGUAUCCGGACACCUAUGUAUCCGUGCUGAAAAGGCCAGCCGUGGUAGUAGAGAAGCCGAGAAGAAGGGAGACCGAGUGAGAAAAGGGAGAAAGAGACAGAGAACGAGAACGAGAGGAGGACCCGCCUCCGUAGAGGUGUUCUCCUCUUCUACGUGGGGCACGAAAAAGCUCAGUUAUAAUUGUUGCACGCCGCGAGCUGCACCUCUUCUGUCCCUCCGUUUAAUUGUAAUCUCCUUCCGCGUCGACGCAUCGACCACGCGAAUUGUCCUGCAUCCUGCGCCCUGCGCCCUGUGUCCUCGACCGACCUCCUUGUCGACUGACCUCCUCCGUGUUCUUGCCUUUCCUCUGUGGCCAACAGCCAGAGAAAUUACUGUGAUUACCAGGAUAUACGAGGGGCUACGUGGCAAUAACCUUCGAACGGACUACCGAUGCCGAGGAGCAGCGCCUCUGCCGCACGAACGACCCAUCCACUAAGGAUUCUCUCGAUAUUUCAAGGAUCUAUAACGGGAGCCUGCGAUUUCUCCUCCUUUCAACAGACGAUCGUGAACCGGCUCGACAUCGAUUCAGCACGGAAACAUGUCCAUUGAUAUCUCCACUCGACGGGACGCUCGUUUCGAACCACCUGACGCGUUACUCGUGCCUGCGAUCGUUUGAUCCUCUUUCGUGAAAAUAUCAUUCACCUUCUCAGAGACCAAAUUUUGUGUGAUAUCGUUAAAGUCAAGUUCGAACGCAUAAUCGUUGAGACUAAAAAGUGCAGCAAGAUGAAUUGCGCGUACCAGUAUUCGUAUUCGGCUCAUCCGCAGAACGUCAUGACCAUACCGACCACGGCUGCCCAACAACCUCAUCAUCCCACGGAUACCGAGUAUUUAGAGGAUCACCCAGGCUUACGGGGUACACCGUUGGCGAUGCUUGCCGCUCAAUGCAACAAGCUGAGUAGUAAAAGUCCCCCGCCGCUGGCUGACGCGGCGGUGGGCAAAGGUUUCCACCCGUGGAAAAAGAGCCCACAGAGCAGCGGUAGCUCACCUCAACAUUCUGCUGGAAGCGGCGGAGGAGGUGGAGGAGGAGGCGGAGGAGGAGGUGGAUGUACGACGACAGGAGUCAGUCAAAGACCAACCGCGACUAGCAGUGCCGGCAGCACGACCGGUGGUUACGCAAGAGCGCCGGUCACUUCUUGCGCGUCAACCGCGCCCCAGUACGGUGGUGAUCUGUACUUCCCUGGAACAGCUAGUGCCCAACCGGCCGGGGAUCCGCAUCAUCAUCAGAGCAGCCUCCUUGGAAAGGUCGAGGGUGCAACCUUGGGCUCGGUGUACGGUCGGCAUCCGUACGAAUCGUGGCCAUUCAACGCGAUGCCUGGUGCGACACACGGCGGAAUCAAAGCGAGCGACGGUUGGUGGGACGUGCAUGGAGCCGCGACUGCCGGCGGUUGGCUGGAUGUCGGUAGCACGGUUGGCGUCGGUGUUCAUGCAGCCCAAAUGGCCAACUACUCGGCCGAUUACUCGACCAGCCUAGCACUCGCGGGUAAUCAUCUGUUGACCACUGCGACCACCGCCGGUCAUAAUCUUCUUCAAGACACGUACAAAUCGAUGUUGCCGGGUGGCCCGCCGGGUUUCGGGCUUCACCAUCACGCGGCCGCGUCGGCGAGUUCGGGCGCCGGUGGUGGCAGCCCUCAGGGAAGCGGCGGUGGCGUCGGCGUCGGGGCCGGCGGCGUCGGUCAGGCCCCUUCGCCGCGUUCGCAGAGACGCUACACCGGCCGUGCCACCUGCGACUGUCCGAAUUGUCAAGAAGCUGAGAGGCUCGGUCCGGCCGGCGUACAUCUCAGGAAGAAGAACAUCCACAGCUGUCACAUACCCGGAUGCGGUAAGGUCUACGGGAAAACGUCGCAUCUGAAGGCCCACUUACGGUGGCACACUGCGGCACCUUCGAACCCACACCGGCGAAAAGAGAUUCGCCUGCCCGGUCUGCAACAAGCGGUUCAUGCGCAGCGACCAUCUCGCGAAGCACGUCAAGACCCACAGCAGCAGCAGCAGCAGCAGCGGCAGCAAGGGCAAGGGGGGAGCGGGGAGCUCGUCAGCCGAGUCCUGCUCCGACAGCGAGGACAACGGGAGUCAGCAGAGUCCCACUUCCAGCUCGGUGCCGCCGCAGCCGCAGCCGCCGCCGCCGCCGCAGCAGCAGCAGCAGCAGCCACCUCAACAGCCGGCGCAACCGGGUCAGGCCCAGCAGCAGCAACAGCAACAGCAGGCGCUGGUAGCGGCGGCGGCGGCGGCGGCAGCGGCAGCGGCGGUGGCGGCGGGCCAGGACACCAACAACACCACAUCCCAGACCACCACCACCACCAGUCUCGGCCAUCAGCCGACAACACCCAUGACCCCAAUGCAGAUGACCCCGCCGCCUCUGACACCACACCAUCCCCACCACCCCCAUCUCCCUCCUCUAAUGCACCAUCCGCAUCAUCACGCAACAUCCGUCCCGGCGGCGGCGGCGGCCCACCAUCAUCCGCACGCGGGGAUGAGCAUGCACUGAGCCCGGUGGGGCCCGGAGCCGGUGCCUGCAGUUCCUCUGCCGCAACGGCCCUGGGCUCCCCCUUAUCCUACCCCCUCAACCUGAACCUCGUGCAAAAUCACGCAACCAUUGGUCACCAUCAUGCCACAUCCAAUCCUGUAAACACCACGUCCCAUCAUCAGCAUCAAAAUCACCAUCACCACCAUCAUCACCAUCACCAACACCAUCACCAUCAGCAGCAACAGCACUCGCGUCAGACCAAUUCCUACUCCGUGCAACAAAAUCCUGGCACGCCGGGGACCGCGCAGACUCCCUCACCCUCGUCCCCUGCGCCUGUACAUAGUCUCUAGGUUAACACUUCUUUUGCCACUUUUAGCGUCGUACCUAUUUUUCCUCCUGAUUCCCGUCGGCGGUACCGAUGAAGUCAUCACUUUCUCGAUCAUUUCGAUUGAAUCUCAGUAUAUUCGUCGUUGACCGUCGACUCUUUCCUCUAUCACUCCCAUCUCUUUAUCGGCAGUUCGAGCCUUUCGUGGCACUCACUUACUACCCCAUACAAACUGACUUUGUUACUUGUAAAUACUAUAAAUAGCGCGCGUGAGAAAGAUAUAUUAUAUUAUUAUAUAUUAUGCGGUGUAAUGUUAAGCGGUGUAAAAAUUCUAUAUAAAUGCACUGUCGCGCUGUACCAUACACUGACACUUACGUAGAAACAUACACAUAUACGUAAACACUCAACACAGCCAACAAAUGCAUGAGAAAGGAGAUGUCCACGAUACCGUGUCGUUCUCGCGUUCGUAUUCUUGCUUCCCACUAUUCUCGAGGGAUGCAACGGAGAAUCGGGCAGCAUGUACGAUCUUCGAUUCAGGGAAGAUACAUCUCUCCGAUCAGGUUCCAAACGUUGUUGGUCGUGCAACAAAUCCGUCGGACGAAGCAAACGCAACAACGAAUUUUCAUUGUCGCGUUUCAAUUAUUUCCCUUGGUGUGUAAUUGCGUUUGGAACUUGAAUCUCGGACAAGAUGAUUCCGUGUCGAUCGAUGACGACUCUCUUCGAUCUUUACAUCACAAUAUUAUGGAUUAAUUAUUAUUAUUAUUAUUAUUAUUAUUAUUAUUAAUUAAUUAAUUAUUAUUAAUA